AUGGAUCCCCUGAAAGUCCUCGUCUGCGGUGGUGGCUGUGCAGGGCCUGCACUGGCUUACUGGCUCGCCCGUAGUGGUCACCAAGUCACAGUUAUAGAACGCUUUCCGGUUCUUAGGGUUGCCGGCUCACAAAUUGACCUGCGUGGAGCAGGUAUCGAAGCCGCCAACCGCAUGGGGCUACUCGAUACCAUCCGCGGCAAACUAGUGGACGAGGCCGGCUCGGUCUUGGUGGACUCCCAAGGCAAUGCCAAAGGAAAGAUCAUGGCCAACAAUUCGGGCAAGGGCGCGCAGUCCUUCACCUCCGAAUACGAAAUUAUGCGCGGGGACCUUGUGUGUAUCCUCUAUGAAGCAACAAAAGAUAAUGUGGAGUACAUCUUCGACAAAUCCGUCGAGCUCUUUGAGCAAGAUGACAACCAAGUCACUGUUACCUUCUCAGAUGGCUCAUCGGACACAUUCGAUCUUCUCGUCGGCGCAGAUGGUCAAGGAUCACGCAUUCGGAAAGCAAUACUGCCACCUGGUACUCCGGAUCCUUACUUCAGGUUUGGGUACCACGUCGCCUACUGGUUCGUCCCGCGUAGUGAGGGGGACGAUAAUAUGAUGAACGUUUACCACUGUCCCGGAGGCCGGAUGAUUAUACGCCGGAGUCACAGCGCGGCGGAAUCCCAAGUUAUGUGUUUCCUCCGAGAUAGCUCACCGAAAUUAUGCAGUAUCCCCAAAGCAUCUAUGGAUAAGCAAAAGGAAUUUUGGACCCAGCAAUUCCGGGAUGCGGGGUGGCAAGCCGAGCGGUUCUUGGAAGGUAUGAAAACAACAGAUAAAUGGUACUGCCAAGAAGUGGUGCAGGUGCGCACCGAGACAUGGUCCAAAGGCCGCGUUGUCCUUCUUGGUGAUGCUGCAUACUGCCCAUCGCCUUUCAGCGGUAUGGGCACCUCCGCUGCUCUUGUUGGCGCCUACAUCUUGGCUGGGGAGAUUAGUCAGCACGGCGACGAUUUUCCCCAAGCCUUUGCAAAUUAUGACAAGAACUUACGACCUUUUGUGAAGGAGGUUCAACAAGUCAAUCUCUUCCUGCUGAAGCUGGGCAUGCCGGAUACAUGGUGGGGAAUCGCGAUUCUCCACUUCAUCUUCCAAACCAUUUGUUUUUUUAAAAUUCCAAAGUUGCUCUCAAGGUUUAUGAAGGAGAAAGACGGGGAUUGGCAGUUACCCGAUUAUCCAGAGCUCAAGGCAGCAGAUAAAUAG